AAAGCCCUUCGGGCUGGAGGAGUGCAGGGAGGAGAGGGGGUUUGGCGUGGAAGAAGCUAAAAUGGCCAGCAAAGUGGCAGAUUUGUUGUACUGGCGAGAUGUGCCUAAAACAGGCCUGGUGUUCACAGGACUAGUGGUUGGCCUGGCUUGUCUGUUCCAGCUCAGUGCCAUCUCUGUGCUGUCCAACCUGGGCCUGAGCAUCAUGGCCUUCACUCUUCCUGUGCGCCUCCUCUAUAAAGCCAUGACGGUGGUCCACCUCAGCGAUGGAGAACAUCCCUUCCAGUCAUAUUUAGAUGAGGACAGCACUUUGACAGAUGAGGACACUGUUCGUGUUGUGGAGAAAAUUGUUCUCCUGAUUGCCACUCUCAUCACAGAGCUAAAGAGACUGUUCUUCAUCGACAGUGUUGUGGACUCAGUGAAGUUCAUUUUGCUGCUGUACCUGUUGACUUAUGUGGGGGUCCAAACCAAUGGUCUUACUCUUGUGAUUUCUGGUGUGAUUUGUGCUUUCUCUCUGCCUCUGGCCUACAGACUUCAGCGAGAACGGAUCGACAACAUUAUCAAAGCAGUCAAAUUAUUAAUGACGAGAGUCACAGAGAUAGUUGAGCUCGUGGUGUCGUUGGCCAAACCUCCUCCAGCUUCGGCUCCUGCACCCUCCCCUGCUCCUACACCCAAACUAAAGCUCAAGGCUAAAUGAGCAGGAUGAGGAAUUGAAGGCAGGGAGUGAGUGAGGGAAGGAAGGAGAGACAGUCUUACUGUGUCCAUACUCUUACAGUUAGGGCCUCUUUGUGGGGAGGGGAGGUGUAGGAUGAAGUAUGAGGUACUGAAGGGUCUUGACUGAAAGACUGGAGAGUUAUUUCAUAAAUAUGGUGCUCUGACUUUAUUAUAUAUUGCUAUUAGAUAUCAGCUGUGCUUGUUUCUCAUGAACACUUUUGGAAAUAAAGGUACAAAAUUGUCACUGAGGUACAAGGGUACAAAAUUGUACCAUAAUAAAAAUAAGCUGUAUUGACUCCGCACACCGUCUCAUCUCCAGGCUUUUUAUUGUAUUGUUCUGUUUUAAAACAUUAGGUGAUGAAAAAUGUGUACUUUUCCACAAAGGAAAAUCAUAUUUAAGGUUCACAAUUGGACGUUAAAGCCACUGUUGUACCUUUGAGGUUACAUUUACAUUGUUUGUACCUUGUUGAAUGAAAAAUGUACCUGCACAUUACCUUUAUUUCCAGCAGUGAACAAUGAAACAGUAACAGCUGAUCUAAGAAGAAUUCAUGUGAAACCACUGUCACCCCAUGUAACUACAUAAUGUCACUGUAACAUGACCAUUUGAUUAAAGAAAUCUUUUUCACUUGGCAAUAA